AUGCUGCCCCGUGCGCAGGCAAUCCGCCCAGCGGCCAAGUUCACCAAGUUUGUCGACUACGACAUGAGCGCCAUGACGGACACGAAGGGAGGCUUCCUGUCGGCCGAGGAUGACGCGUCUUUCCGACCGGGCGCGUCGUCGGCGAAGCAGCAGCCGGGGACGGCGACGGACGAGAACGCGCGGCCGCAGCACAUGACGGCUCGGGAGUGGGAGAGGCUUCAGGUACUGCGCAGCCUGGAGCGCAACAGGGCGGGCAAGUUCGAGCCGGGGAUAAGCGUGCUAGAUGAGCCGGAGAAGAAGAAGAGGUGCCGCGAGUGCUCGAGCAUGGAGAUCGACUGGGUGUGGGACGACGUCUUCCACCUAUCCGUGUGCUCGAGGUGCAAGGAAAGGUAUCCGGAGAAGUACUCCCUCCUCACCAAGACGGAGUGCAAGGAGGAUUACCUAUUGACCGAUCCCGAGCUUCGAGACCCCGAGCUACUCCCGCACCUGUCCAAGCCGAACCCCCACAAGUCCCACUGGCACGACAUGAUGCUCUUCCUGCGCAUACAGGUCGAGGAGUACGCCAUCAGGACGAAGUGGGGUUCCGCAGAGGCCCUGGACCAGGAGUACGAGAGGAGGGAGGCCCAGAAGAAGGCGCGCAAGGAGGCCAAGUUCAGGGACAAGCUCACCGAGCUGAAGCGCAAGACGCGCACGGAGGCCUUCCGACGGCAGGCCGCGGUCGGUCGUGGCGGCGCCGGGAGUGCGGCCGGGCCCAGCCGCUUCGGCGAUGCCGUCGGUUCGGCCGCGAGGCAUGUCCACGACUGGGGGAGGAUCGUGGUCAAUGAAGAUGGCAUGUCGGUCAAGACGUGUGUAGAGUGUGGGAUGGAGGUUGAGGAGAUGGAGUUGUAA